AUGCCUGACUUACACAACCUUCCCGCAGGGUCUCGUCCUACCAACGCCAUCCGCAAUAAUGGACCAGACCACUUGGUUCUGGAACGACUAAAAUUGAGAGAAUUGGCAGAAGGAUGGCCGUCUUAUAGGGACGCAUGCGAAUGGGAAAACUUCGAAUCCAUCUUCCACCCAGGAGCUUAUGUCUAUACCACGUGGUCAGGCCGCGUUCCCUUCACAGACUUCAUCGCAGCUUCGAAGGCAGGGAUGGACAAAGGCGCCUUCAUCAUGCACCGCUGCCACGGCUGCAGCACAGACAUCAACAUCGAAGGUACCAGAGCCGUGACCAAGCUUAAGGCGACAAUUACGCAGCGAUUCGAGAUUGAUGGCGUCGAAUUUGACGUGGAAGCCGACUGCCGCUUCUGUUUCUACUUUGAGAAAGUGGGAGACCGUUGGGGAGCGCGUUUGGUGCGGCAUUGGUAUGAGAAGGAUAAGGUGAUCCCGUGCAAUCCGUCCAAGUUCCCCAAGAUUGAUGAGGAGAGGUUGGUUGCUUUUCCUCCUGGCUACAAGUAUCUUGCGUACUUCCAGGAACUUACGAUGGGUGUCAAAGUUCUUCUGGAUAUGCCUGGGCAUCGCCGGCAUGUUGGGACGGUAAACCUGGAGAAGCACGACUUGCUUUACUGGCAGGCCAAGGAAUGGCUUAAAGGGAAGGCAAUAGACGUAUAG